AUGGCGGGACUCCUCUGCUACCAUCCUCAUCUCUUCCAUACCUGCAGCAGGGGGAACUCUUCUUCUGUGGUUCCUUUGAGGAGCUCCUCCCCUUGCCUUGCCCCACGGAGGAGUGUGCUCUCCCGGAGAGGCUCUGUGGUGGCCAGGCUGGGUCCGCCGGCUUUCCUUGGCUUCGAGGGGGCGGAGGACUGGGGAAGAGAGCUCCUCGGUAGGGCGGAGGGGUUCCUGUACACUGUAGCUGAUGCUGCCGUGAAUUCUGCUUCCGAUGCAUCCACGGCUGCGGGGGCGACGGUGGAGGCCGCGAAGCAGAGGGACUGGCUCUCCGGCAUCACGGACUACAUGGAGUUUAUCCUCAAGGUGGAUUUUUAUCGUCUCUAGAAAAGCUAAUAGUUUCUUCUGUGCUAUGGACUGAGUGUGAGAGUACUCCCCUUUCUGCUAGUAUGCCGUAAUCACUGCCGUUGGACAGUUUUUGGAGAGGAACGGUUGUUGACUGCAUUUAUACUAUAAGGUUUAAGCAAUUUAUUCCCCGAUGGAUGAUGGUAAAAAGAGAAAGCGAUCAUUUCUUCCUCUUCAGACUGUGAACUCAUGGAAAGGUAGAGAAAACUUUCCAUGAUAGCCUAAAGUUGAUCAUAGUUCAUGCGCUUCUCAGAAAUUUCCAUGCUAGCCUUCGUACAGGGGAAAUUAACACAUUUUUUGACUUUAUGUUUCCUUGUUCUACCCUAGUACUUUCGUCACAUACUGACAAAAACAUGUUAAUAUAAACCAGAGUACUUAUGAAGGGUGUGGGAAUCCUGAGUAUCCACCAUGGAAUGUUACCUAUGGCUGUACUGUACUAGUGUUAGUUAACACAGCUACUAGAUGCAGCAGCAGAAACUGAAGCAGCCAUGGUGAAGUCCUUAGGUGUAGAAACGUGAGCUGCAGCAGCCAUGGUGACUGCGGCAACCUGUUGCUAAGUCAGUUAAUGGAAUGACUAUUACAUUCACCUGGAAGACAUGGGCUUAGUGCCAACUUGCAGGAAGAUGGCAGUUCAUGGAAUGACUAUUGCAUUCACCUGGAAGAUAUGGGCUUAGCGCCAACUUGCGGCAUUAGACACUGGAGAGAAUCUGAAUAUUUUGUGAUGUUCUUGAUCUGAUCAUUAUAUCAUCACUUAAACAGGGUUUUAAGACAACUUGUGCUGGAUUCAUGUUACUGGUCGGCUCCUUGACUUGUCCUGGCUGCAUGGAUAAGAUGUAUCCUGGAGAAUUAACCAAAAACCCUGAAUCAUAACCUGGGGACGCAUGUGCCCACCUGGCAAGCCACAAAGGGCUUAUCACUGUUCGAUAUGCCUAAUUAAACUGUUUUGUGGUUUUCUAACUUUCUCCUUGCUGAUUAUUUCAUCAUCUUGUAGAUGAUCUAUUGUGCUUAAUGAUGAUAUAAAUGCAUGUCCAUCUCCUAUAAUAGUUUGUCAUCCAACACAGUACCGGAGGUUACAAGAGCAGAUUGUCCUCAUAGUUUUUCUGGACUUCAGAUCUGGCUAUUUGGUUCCUUUUACUGCUUUUCAUUUGAUUUGAUAAAGCAAUCUGCGUUGUAUUUUAUCAUUAUCUGUUCAAGGAAACCUUGCCAGUUAUUCAGUUCUUCCAUGCCUCGUCAUCAAAUUCCCUAUACACUUUGAUUAUAGGUUGAUCUCUGGAAAAUUAUCGUACUUUGUAACAUUCAAUACCUUUUAUUGCGCUUUUUCGUUUAAGCAUUUUUUGAAAAUAUGCUGUGACUGAAUGAGGCUCAUGGAAAGUAUUUGCCCAUUGCUUGAGAUGUUCAGUACGUCACUAAGAACUUGAGCUGAAAAGUCUCUUUCUUCUCAGGUUCUAAAGGAUGGGCUUUCUUCUUUAAAUGUACCAUAUUCCUACGGUUUUGCUAUCAUACUACUCACAGUUCUUGUUAAGGCGGCCACAUUUCCUUUGACAAAGCGACAGGUUAGUUUUGCAAUUUUUUUGGUUGUUGAUUGGCGACAGGUUAGUUUUGCAAAUUUUUUGGUUGUUGAUUGCAACUGUAAACCAUCACUCAUGUUUUGAUCUCGGAUUGUUUUAUUCUUCCCGUGAACUUGUGCAGUACUUCUGGUUGAAUUCAGAUAUUAUACCAGCUGCGUUUAUAUUCAUUAUUUGUGACCAUAUGUAUAUGCAUAAAAAUAUUCCGCGAGUUUAUGUCCAGCAGGAAAAUAUUGAAAUGUUUUACUCUUCUUCCCUAUAUAAAUUCGUCUAUAAGUGCAUAUUCAAUGGCUUAUUAAGUUUGAGCAAUUAGUCUGCUUCUUGCAUGGUAUUCAUCCCUUUCCCCCAGGACUCUACCAUGAUAUCAUUUCAUGAAGGAUUGGCAAUGAUCUCACUGGAAAAUGCACUCGUCGUGCAGUUCAAUGUCAUCUAGGCCUUUGUAAUAUGUAGAUAAGGAAGCAUUGUUGUAGGGGAAGUCAUCUGGAUACAAGAUUAGGACCAAAAGGUACUCUCCUUGAUCCCUUGUUUGGCCACCCUAGGCAUUUGCUGGUUGCAAAAGGUUGAGUUUGAUCAUGUAGAUUUAAUGCAAAAUAAAAGAAUUUGGAAGUCUGCACUCUAAAUGCUUUAAUUGAAAGUGAAGUGAGUCAAAGCACAUCCAUUCGAUGACAACUUUCUUUGCCUAAUCCUUUAGCUCAGUAAUCUAGUAGCUGAACCCAGUUGAAGCAGCUUAUCAAUACAGAAAAGUAGGAAAUAGGAUGAUGAAGCGCCUGAAAUAUAUACAUGCCACCUCGAUCUUUAUCAGGAUUACCUAGAUCAGUUAGGCAUUAUGGAGGAAUUAAUGUCAACAUAAAGACAAUUAGAGUAUGAUGGAUGAGCUUUAGAGCAUCAUAUGCUGUUGUGCUCCUGGACGCUAUUAGAAACUGACCAUUUCCAUAAAAUGGCCACAAGUUUUCUUAUACUAUGUGAGUUCAGAAGUGAAACACAUUUAAGCUAUAAUUCGUACAUGUCAAAUGUUUACAGUAUGAUCAAUCCAUGUAUAUCUGGUAUUUUCCUAGUCAUUUGCACCCAAUUAUAUGCUGCACCAGGUACUUUUCUGUAAUUUCUUGCGAGAUUUUAAUGCUCUAAAUUAUUAAAAAUUUCAAAUUCAAAUGAUUCUUUUGUUAGUUCUAUGCCAGAGAGCCAUAGUUUUCAUUAUGAUCGGUACAUUGCUGGGCUUAAGUUGACGGGGAUUGAAUGAUUCAUUUCAGAUCACAUUAUAAAUAUUUGUUAACUUUUUUCGGUGAAUCAUUCCACAUGGCUUGACUUUAAUAGGGAUCAUUCCAUGGCUGGAUAAUUUUUCUUUUCCAUUUCAGGUAGAGUCUUCUUUGGCUAUGCGAUCUCUGCAGCCUCAAGUAAAGGCCAUACAAGAACGGUUUGCUGGAGAUCAGGUGUGUUUAGAGUUAAACUUUCUGUUUUUAGAAGGGAUGUUCACCAUGCAUUCGUCAAAUUCCCGGAAUAAGGUGAUGCACUUAUAUGUUUUGAUUUUUUAAAAAAAGUCUUCCAUAUGAAACAGUUCAUGGUCUAAAAAGGGAUUGUAAAGAAUAUACUGGCUAGAAAGCUUCCCAAAACAGGAAAUCAUACUUUCAGCCUGCAAGAGAACCUAGCCAGGACUAUAACUACUGAUUAUCCUCUCUAUCACGAAGCUCUGUCUUCUGAAGAUCUGAGCAUUCCUUUCUUCAUGGUGCGAAGAGUUGUAUUUCGGGUAAGGCCUCUUGUCGGUUGUCCCAUCUCAUGCCUUUAACUGCUGUAACAAGAUUGAAGUCUCCUCUUGUGGACCGUAAAUGGACAUAUUUUUUUGAUUGUGAACAAUGUUUCAAGCUUCUUGUUCCUUUCUCUGGUUGAAGACUGGAGCAUGCCCAUUAAAUCUGAUAUGAUCCAAGUCCCUAAUAGCUAUUUGGGUGUCCCGUGCUCUGUAAUUAGGUUGGUAUUUAAUUUAUAUCAGGCCAUGUCUAGUCAUCAUUUUGAGUAAACGCUACUCUCCUUAAGUGUUAAUCAAGGUUAAUCAUAUUGUUAAUCCUCGGCUGUCAAUAAAAGCCUACCUUGCAGGGAAUGUGACUUUAUCUGGAAUAUUAUUUCCUGUGACGUGACACUUUCUGCUUGAAGAAGAAAUAGUUAUCUUCUAGCUGUUUCAUUGCUGAAAUGUUUUCUGAUGCAAUUCAAGUGAAUUCUAGUGCUAAACUAAAUAGCUAUUUGUAAGAUGAGUUUUUUUAACCAUGUUUUUUUUGUUCGAUUCAUUUGAAGUUUAAUUUUCUGUGAUGUUCAUUUUCAUUCACAGGAGAAGAUACAGCUGGAAACUGCUCGGUUGUAUAAAUUGGCUGGUGUCAACCCUUUUGCAGGUGCUUGUGAAGAAAUAAAUCGAUCAUUCGUCUAAACUGCAUUGUGCUUUAUGAAUGAACUUGGAUUGCUUUAAUUUUUUGUUCAUUCUGAUGUGUUUAUGUGACUGUUAUCAAAUACGAUGAAUUCAAAUAUCUAAGCUGUUUUAAGGCUGUAAAGAGAGCAACUGUUACAUCAUCAGAUUUCGAUUGGUUCAGACAAUGUAUUUAUGCUCGUUUUGCUUGUUAUCCAUUAUAUAACAGUUUCCAGCUGUAUCUUCUCCUGUGAAUGAAUAUAACAGUUCCCAAAACAAGCAAUUUACAAUAUGUAGAAAACUCUAGCAUCCGUCUAAACGGAAAUGUUUUGUUUUAGUGAUGUAACUUAGAAACCUUUUCAGUGUGUGAAAUCUGUUGUAUGCAAAAAGAACCUUUGGGGAUUUUCAUUUCUACUUAACUGUGUUAGUGAAAAAUCCUGGAAUGGCUUAAGAAUAUUUUGUCACGGCGUAUUAUGGAGAAAACACUAGAAUACCACGAUAAUGCCUUCAUUAAGUUCCAGAAAAAAAAUUACGAGAAAAUAGGUUAUAAAUGAUUUCUGUGACAGGCAGAAAAGAAGGAAACAAAUGAACUCCAAAGCAAUAAUUCAAAGCUGAUGGACGGCAAAUGCGUGACUGCUGUCUUGAAGGGUGCCUUCCAGAACAUAUAAUGCACCGUGAUAUCCUGGAAUAUAUACUCGUCCAACUGUAGUCAGAAAUUUUCUUCAUGAGCAUUGGUUUUGCUGUAACGAAUAAUAAAUUUACUACUGUAUUUUUCAGAAAUAGUUGAAUAAACCCUAUUGUUUAUCUUCGCAGAAAGACCCCACAGGAAAAUGAAGACUGUAGACAUUAACUGCACAAUUCGAGAAUAUAUAGAGGCCAUACCAACCUGAAUCAUGAUAUGAAAAUCUAAAUUUUAGUCACUUGGUGUAAAGCAAAACCUAGGAAAGGUAUUUUGGAAGUUACGAAUUUGAAACUCUGAAAUUCAGUGAAUAUUCGAUGUAGUAUUGCAGUUUUCCAGGUACAUCCCAACGACGAACUUGAUUUGUUUUUAGCUUCUAUCUUCUUUCAUGAAAUUCAUUGUAAAGAUGCUGUGACCUGUCCGUAAUUGCCACUGUUGCAGACAGAAAAAACAUGAUUAAUUUCUCUUCCUGAGGUAUGGAUUAUAUGAUGGGAAAAAGUCAUAGAUUGAUUUCUGCAUUAUAUGAUCAUUGAUUCAAUAGUUCAAUAUGCUACAUCCUCUUUGGUCAAAGCAUGACUGAGGUUUUUACGUGCUUAUUCUUAAUAACUUCAUUGAUUCAAUAUGUUAAUCUGUGGAUGUUUAACUUGAAGCUCUGAUGUGCUAAUCUCAUGAAACUGUGUUUUGUCAGGAUGCUUGCCAACUCUUGCUACAAUUCCCGUCUGGAUAGGACUAUAUAGAGCCCUCUCAAAUGUGGCAAACGAGGUUGAUAAUUCGUUUAAACCAUUGAUAUAGUUAGAGCUUGCUACAAAAAUAUUUCCAUUAAUCCGGACAUUCUAAUGUUAGAGUAUGUUAUUUUACUAGGGACUCCUGACAGAGGGAUUUUUCUGGAUACCCUCCCUUUCUGGUCCAAUAACAAUUGCUUCACGCCAAAGUGGGACUGGAACCUCUUGGCUUUUUCCUUUUGUGGUGAGUCAGUAAAUAUAAAAUAAGUGUGCAGGUUAUAAUAUUUGCUUCAAAAAUUUACUAGGCCUUUCAAUUCCGGUAUGUUUCCCACCUAUUAGCCUAGGUAAAUGUGCAUUUUAUUUUUAAAUAACUUACUCCAACAUUUUGAAUGGUCGCAUGAAAUUCAAAAAUAUUCAACAUAUCAACUGAGUGACUGUUAACUACUCUCCUACACAUAGCUGACCUAAUUAAAUAUUUUUAGUAUUCUUUUCAUAUGUUAAUGGCUUCAUUUAUGAACUCUUCCUUCCAUCUCUUGAUGCUGUUGCAGGAUGGUCAUCCACCUUUAGGAUGGUCAGACACGAUUGCAUAUCUAGUACUGCCAGUGCUGCUUGUUUUUUCACAGUACGCUUCUGCACAAAUUUUGCAACCAACCCAGGUUUGUUGUGCUUAGUAUUUGCAAUCUAAUAUGCCAUCAUUUGAUUUUUUAAGUCUAUAUUAAGUGCUUCAGAUAUUUAAAAGAUGCUCGGUGCUCCAGAUAUUUCAACUAAUUGCUUAACGUUGUUUAGAAUAAUAUGUAGGUGCAGAUAAUUGCAUCAGGAGCCUGUCCCGCUCCUAUUUUUUUUAAGCAUUUAUAUUAUCACUUCAGUAUUAUUCUUUCUUCUAAGCGGGUAAUGCUACAUAUGGAAAAAAUAUAAGACUUGAGGAAUAUAUAUGUGUAUAUAUAUGUAUAUAUCUAUAUAUAUACAUAUAUAGAUAAGGAUAUCAUCAAUGAGUUCCCAGAAAAACCCUUGAUACAAUAUUCCUGACGUCUAACCCUAGACGGGCUGGCGUUUAAGGAACCCACGACAUUGAAGAUUGAAGAAUGAAAUCCUUAUUACGGAAACUCAAGUCUGCUCUCUCACUGUAGUGCAUGUAGGUGUGAUCAGCAUCUAUUACCUUUGGCAUCUAGAGAUCUGGUUAAAUAGCUUAAUAUAAAUUCAAGAAAUAGCAUUUCUCCAAAGUCAUAAUUUCCUACUGAUCUCAUCCCAUGUCUUGAAAGAAUGCUAAAUUGACGUCCAAAAGUGGUGAUAAACUGGAAAAAAUCCCCUCAGAAAUUCAUGACCUCUUUACUUGAAUAACUUUGUGAAAUAUUUUUGACUCCGAUCGGUUGGAAACAAGGAAAAUCAUAUUUCAUGAUAGAUAUUAUUCUAGCAACAAGUAUGAUAGAAAUUGAACACAAUUUAGUGAAACCCACAAAAACUUGCUAUUUCGUGAACAAAUGUGCUUGCAUUUGGUCUCGUCAAAGAUCGUCCAUCCCUCUCCUGCAGUUUAUGAUCUCCAUCCAAGUUGGUACAAUAUGUUUUGAUCAUAGUCAUGUAUUUUUUAUUGAUAACCUUGUUUUCUGCCAAAUAUUAGUUUGCUUGAACUUUUGGCGCUCGAUUCUCUUUCGCUUUCUAAAACGUACUGUUUUCAUAAUGUGGUGCUAAACACAUAAUGUUGAGCAUUUUCUCUGUAUUUUUUGUUUUUGAUAAUGGCAGCUGAUUUUCUGUGAAUGUAAAUUUCAGGCAAAUGAUCCAAAUCAAUCGAGUGCUCAGGCUGUAACAAAAAUUCUGCCUUUGAUGAUUGGUUAUUUUGCUCUUUCUGUUCCAUCGGGAUUGAGUCUUUACUGGUGAGUCAGUCCUCUUCAGUCAAAAGAAAGACUUUCUUAUGGAAGUGAAGAACACUGAAUGAAAUCACUUUAUAGGUCCAGAGAUAUAUAGUUCAUGAAAUAUCUUAUGCUAGUAUAACAUUAUUCGCAUGUUUUCGAAGCAUUUAUUGCCUGGGAAAAAAAUUCCUCAGUGUUGCAUAAUAUCCAGAGUAACAUUUUUUUCCUUCUGAGAAUUUCUUGUUUCCUUAGACAUUUAAUUUUAUUCAUUAGCAGUCCACGCUGUGCCUAUUAAAUAUGCCUUACCUUCUAUACCUUUGGACUUUGUGCUUCUCUUAUGAAGUUUUCAAUUUGUUUUAAUCAUAUGCGGCUAAUAUUUAUGUGUGUGCUUUGAUGAACUUACGAUGCUAAUAUGCUCGCUGGAACUGAGAGUUCACCUCAUCCGCUUAUGGGCAUAUUAGACAGCAAGGAAAUGAUUUGUUUUCCUUGUUGUCUUAAUCCGCUUGAUUUACCUUCUCCCUUAGAAAUGAUUUCUUUCUCUUGGGAACCAAAUAAGAGAGUCUGUUGGGUUGGAUUUAUGAUGAUUUUCUCAAUAGCAUAUUGAUAAGACUGGUUUUAUCGUCUCAGGGUCGUCUCUAUGUCUAUCAACUGCCAUAUAAACAGUUUUUCGGGUGAACAGGCAUAGCCUGCUAACGUAAAUACUCAAAGCAAUUUACCCUGUUUAACAUGUCGUCAACACCUUUGGUGAUAGUUUUUUUUGGAGAAAACAAGCAAGUUCCUUUCUUAGCAUCUUUUUUUCUGAAGUUCAUUGAUAUCUGUAAUAGAAGCUGGUGGUUUUUAUUCGGAAAGAUCUGAACAUGGUCUUUGUGUAGGUUUACGAAUAAUAUCUUGAGCAUUGGACAACAAAUAUGGCUUCAAAAGCUUGGUGGUGCAAAAAACCCUGUCAAAGGAUUUAGUGAUAAAAUUGUUAGGGAGCAGCCACAAAGCGUCCAAAAACCUAAACGGCUUAUUGAUUCCAACAAGUUCAACUCCACUUUCGAUCUAAAACCAGAACCUACAGGGCCACGCCCAGGUGAAAGGUAAAAUCCUAAGGGGAUCAUCUCUAAGUUUUUAAAUUUCUACAUACAAACCUUAGUACUUAUUUUGUUUUAUUUUUAUUCAGAUUUAAAAAGUUAAAGGAGCAAGAAGCCAGAAGGAAGCAGGAGCAGGAAGAGCGAAGGAGAGCUGAAGAGGCAGCUAAGGCGCAUUUCUUAGAAAGCAAGGAACCAAACACAAAUUCUGUUCAAAUGGACAAUAAAGAGCAGGUAAAAAUUUCUGGGUCACGUCCUUCAGAUGUCCGUGUGAUGGUAGAUUUUCAUUAUCCUAAACAGAAAUUCCGACAGCACUGAAGGGAAUAUAUUGCUCAUAUUAUCCCCUUUAAUUGGAUAGGAAUAAAACUCAACGGAGGCUGUUGUCACCUAACAUGGAGCCAUUAUCAACACGAGGGCUUUCCAUGUUCUAUAGACCCAUGUAUAACUUUUGGACAUUAGGGUAUGAUUUCUUCAGGAAAAAGUAAUUUAGCUUUAAACCGAAAGUCUUUAGGGGCAGUUUCCAAAGAUACAUGACAGCCCCAUGAUGGGAGAAAAAACCCUAUUAGAAAUGAGUUCACAACAAUACCCCCUUGGUGCAUAUCCUGUUUUCCCAUGCUCUAUGGGCAAGCCAUGAAGAAUUUUGUUCAUCGUAG